GCCAGCUUAUAGCCGCUCUGCCAAGGCGCUAGUGUGAGGGGACAGUGCGCAGCACGGGCGCAGGCAGAGGUCCAGACACACUAGCAGCCAACGCGGGCGGGCGGCUUGGAACCUGAGGAGCACCAUGAGCAACAAAUGCGAUGUGAUCGUGGUGGGGGGCGGCAUCUCAGGUAUGUCAGCAGCUAAACUUCUGCAUGACUCUGGCCUCAGUGUGACAGUUCUAGAAGCACGGGACCGUGUGGGAGGCAGGACUUACACAAUUAGGAAUAAAAAUGUUAAAUAUGUGGACCUUGGAGGAUCUUAUGUUGGGCCAACCCAGAAUCGCAUCUUACGGUUGGCCAAAGAGCUAGGAUUGGAGACCUAUAAAGUGAAUGAAGUUGAACGUCUGAUCCACUACGUAAAGGGAAAAUCAUACCCCUUCAGGGGCCCAUUGCCAUCAGUGUGGAGUCCAGUCGCCUACCUAGAUAAUAACAACCUUUGGAGAACAAUGGAUGAGAUGGGUCAAGAGAUUCCCAGCGAUGCUCCAUGGAAGGCACCCCUUGCAGAAGAGUGGGACUACAUGACAAUGAAAGAGUUACUAGAUAAGAUCUGCUGGACCAAAUCUGCAAAACAGCUUGCCACUCUCUUUGUGAACCUGUGUGUCACUGCAGAGACCCAUGAGGUCUCGGCUCUGUGGUUCCUGUGGUAUGUGAAGCAGUGUGGGGGUACAACCAGAAUCAUCUCAACGACCAAUGGAGGGCAGGAGAGGAAAUUUAUUGGUGGGUCCAGUCAAGUGAGUGAACGAAUAAUGGAUAUCCUCGGGGACCGAGUGAAGCUCGAGAGGCCUGUGAUCCACAUUGACCAGACAGGGGAAAGUGUUGUUGUGGAAACCUUAAACCAUGAAAUAUAUGAGGCUAAAUAUGUGAUUAGUGCCAUUCCACCUGUUUUGGGCAUGAAGAUUCACUACAGUCCUCCUCUGCCAAUGCUAAGAAACCAGCUGAUCUCUCGUGUGCCUUUGGGUUCAGUCAUUAAGUGCAUGGUUUACUAUAAAGAGCCCUUCUGGAGGAAAAAGGAUUUCUGUGGAACCAUGGUUAUUGAAGGAGAGGAAGCUCCAGUUGCAUACACCUUGGAUGAUACCAAACCGGAUGGCAGCUAUGCCGCUAUAAUUGGAUUUAUCUUGGCUCAUAAAGCUAGAAAACUGGCACGCCUUACCAAAGAGGAAAGAAUGAAGAAACUUUGUCAGCUAUAUGCAAAAGUUCUGGACUCCCAAGAAGCUCUGCAGCCGGUCCAUUACGAGGAGAAGAACUGGUGUGAGGAACAGUACUCUGGGGGCUGCUACACAACCUAUUUCCCUCCCGGCAUCUUGACCCAGUAUGGAAGGGUUCUACGUCAGCCAGUGGGGAAGAUUUUCUUUGCAGGCACUGAGACUGCCUCCCACUGGAGCGGCUACAUGGAGGGCGCUGUGGAGGCUGGGGAAAGAGCUGCCAGAGAGAUUCUGCAUGCCAUUGGGAAGAUUCCAGAAGAUGAAAUUUGGCAACCAGAACCAGAGUCUGUGGAUGUCCCGGCACGACCCACUACCAGCACCUUCCUGGAGAGACACUUGCCUUCUGUGCCAGGCCUGCUGAAGCUGCUGGGAUUGACCACCAUCUUUUCAGCAGCAGCUCUUGGUUUCCUGGCCCACAAAAGGGGGCUGCUUGUACGAUUCUAAAGAUGGGUCUUCCACAUCCACAGGCUUCUCAUCCUAUGUGACAGGCAUUAAAUACCACCUGGAGCUCACCUUCUACUUUAGGCUUAAAUAAACCAAAUGCAACAGAGAUGAAACUUAAUCACACAAA